AUGUCCUCCAGAAGCUACAGUAAGCUUCCCCAGAAGCUACAGAGAGUCUCUCUCAAAAUCCAUAGAAAGCUUCCUCAGAAGGAAAAGGAGGAGAAAUCGAACCGGGACGAUUGUGCCGGUUCGUCCUCGGGCUCUUCAGGAAAAAGUGCCGGCCAACGGCAUCCGGACGAUAAGGCACUGCUCGAGGAGUACCAGCGGCAUCAGGCCAAGACGAGACAGGUGGAGACCUGUGACCGUGCCUACCGAUAUGCACAGGUGUACGAAAACAAGCGGAAAGCACUGCGCGAGAAGGAGGAGAAGCAGCUGCAGGAGAUGAAGAAGUUCCAGGCACGGCCGGCACCAAAUUUCAAAUCCGGCACCAAGAAGGAGAACGCCGUGCCAAAGUUUACCAUUCCGGUGACGCCGAAGCAGAUGAAACCGGAGCGGAUCCACAAGCAGGCGAUGCAGGUCAAGAAGUUGGAGGACCGCACCAAGGAUCCGGAGCCCACGAAAGAGUUCAAGGCGCACGUGCUCAAAGAGGAACCCUUCAAACCGGCACUGGUCAAGACGGUGAUCAAGCAGGCCCCAUUCGAGUUGAGAAUGUCCUCGCGGUUGCAGGAGCGGAAGCUGCUCGACGAACAGCGGCAUCGGGCCAAGGAGGAGAAGGCACGCCGCGAAGCGGAAGAACGACGACUGGCCGAGGAACGGGAACUGAAAUUGCUGCGCAAACAGAAGGAGUUCAAAGCCAACCCCAAUCCGUUCAACGUUUUUGCGAGGAUUCCACAACCAAUACCAGCAUAA